UUGAGAAAAUACAAAUAACAGUUUCAAUGUGUUUCUCUGUGUAUAAAAGAAAAAGCUACGGCAUAUUUGAACUAAACUAUUUUUCUCAAAGCAAUGAAGCGCUUUCCUAUCUACAUAAUGUUUUUAUGUCUUUUUAAGUUGUACCCAAUAAUGUGAACAACAUUGUUUCCAUACUUCCAUCAAAUUACGAGUAUUAUCAUUUCAGUUAACGGUAUAGAUAACCCAAAGCGACGUGGCGCUCGCUUAAUAGGUGCAACAAAUUUAUGAACAGAUUGUAACUGCCGUGAGAUUGCUUAAAUAAAUGUAUCUAGAUAUGUACAUAUCUACAUAUGUAUGUAUAUUGUAGUCAUUUAUAGGUACUAUAAAACACAGAUUUAAUAACAUCUACUAUAUACUAACAUUGAUCCCAAACCUUAACUUUUGAAUCAUAUAAGGGAGUGCCAAAAUUCAAGGACAAACUGGAAAACACCCACUCCCAUGACUCAUAAAAUAUAUCACCUUAUAUAUCAGUAUGCACCUGUUAUUAUCACAAGCUCCUAAUUCAUACCCAAAAAUGGAUAUAUGUAUAUAUGCAGAUAAUGGUCUGUGCUUCGCCUCUUUUUUUCCAUUCUUUUCAUUUAAUUUUACUCAAAAUAUGAUUACCAAAAAGAAGAAUUGCUAUAUAAGUAGCAAGUUUUGCCAGUUUCAGUCAGUUUUCGGUCUUCCCUUCUAAGAAACAGUACGCAAACAUGGAUUUCUACUACAUGCCUGGUAGCAGUGGCUGCCGAACCGUCAUCAUGGUGGCCAAGGCUCUUGGCCUUGAGCUAAACAAGAAGUUGGUCAACACCAUGGAGGGCGAGCAGCUGAAACCCGAGUUUGUGAAGCUCAAUCCCCAACACACCAUUCCCACUUUGGUGGACAACGGGUUCUCCAUCUGGGAGUCUCGUGCCAUCGCUAUUUAUUUGGUGGAGAAGUACGGCAAGGACGACUCCCUCUACCCCAAGGAUCCCCAGAAGCAGGCGGUGGUCAACCAGCGACUUUACUUCGACAUGGGAACUCUGAGCGACGCAUUUGGCAAGUACUACUAUCCCCUUUUCCGUACUGGAAAACCCGGAACCGAGGAGGACUUGAAGAAAAUCGAAACCGCUUUCGGGUUCCUCGAUACUUUCCUGGAGGGCAAGGAUUAUGUCGCCUGCGACCAACUCACCGUGGCCGACAUCGCCAUCCUGGCUAAUGUUUCCACUUUCGAGGUCGUUGAGUUUGACUUCAGUAAGUACACCAAUGUGGUCAGGUGGUACGCUAAUGCCAAGAAGGUGACUCCCGGAUGGGACGAGAACUGGGAAGGUCUGCAGAAGAUGAAGGCUGUGCAUCGCAUUACGUUAGCAUUGUUCAACAUGGAUUUCUACUAUAUGCCGGGUAGCGCUGGAUGCCGUACGGUUCUGAUGGUGGCCAAGGCUCUUGGACUUGAAUUGAACAAGAAGUUGGUCAACACCAUGGAGGGCGAGCAGCUGAAGCCAGAGUUCGUGAAGCUCAAUCCCCAGCACACCAUUCCCACUUUGGUGGACAACGGGUUCUCCAUCUGGGAGUCCCGCGCCAUCGCCGUCUAUUUGGCGGAGAAGUACGGCAAGGACGACUCCCUCUUCCCCAAGGAUCCCCAGAAGCAGGCGGUGGUCAACCAGCGACUGUACUUCGACAUGGGAACUCUGAGCGACGCCUUUGGCAAGUACUACUAUCCUCUUUUCCGCACUGGAAAACCCGGAACCGAGGAAGACCUGAAGAAAAUCGAAACCGCUUUCGGGUUCCUCGAUACUUUCCUGGAGGGCAAGGAUUAUGUUGCCGGCGACCAACAAACCGUGGCCGACAUCGCCAUCCUAGCCAUUGUCUCCACAUACGAGGUCGUUGAGUUUGACUUCAGCAAGUACACCAAUGUGGUCAGGUGGUACGCCAACUCAAAGAAGGUGACUCCUGGAUGGGAGGAGAACUGGGACGGUCUGAUGCAAAUGAAGGCGUUCUUCGAAGCCCGUAAGGCAGCUGCCACCAAUUAACACUAAUGUAAUUUAUUGUGUUAUAAAAUAAAUUAGAGAAAAUUUAGUUUUUGUAAUAUAUAAAAAUAAGUUUUUUUUAAUAUAAACAACUUUUUAUUACAUUUUAAAUAACUUGUUCAAAUUGAAUAUGGCUAAAAAAUAAUUAAACAAAAUGGAAAGCCCUUUUCUUGAACAUAGCAAGAAUUUUGUUAGUGAAAAAUGAAAAUGAAAUCCAAUGCCUAUUAAUGAUUUCAGCAGAACUAUUUGUAUUAUGAACCUACAUCUGGAUUGGCUUUUCUAAUAAAAUGUUUGUUUUCCUACUCAAA